AUGGAAAUGGCAUAUUUAAUAAUGCAAAGUUUAUGGACAAAAAAAAGAGCUGUUGAUAUAAAAAAUGGUAAAACAGGAAAUGAUAAUAUUUUGAAGGUAAUAAGUAAUGAAAUUCAUAAUCAUUAUAUUUAUGAUAAAAAAAUGGAUAAUUAUGCAUGGCGUGUUGCAGAAAUAGCAAAAUUAUUGGCAAUGAUUAAAGAAUUUUCAGCUCGUGAACGUGAAAUUUUACUUAUUGCAAAAUUUUUAAAUAUUUUUGAUUGUACAAUGUUUGAUGAAUUAACAUCCUGUUGUUGUUAG